UGAGAAGAAGAAGGUCGAAUGAAAAAUUUCUGUCCCGAAAAAUUAUACUAUCUGGUGGUCACAGACAUUUAUGUGAUAGCAACUACGUUAUGGGGACACCUGAAUUUUCAAUACCUUUCAUGAAUAAAUUGGUUUUGUUGCAUUUCUGAAUUUUAAUGUGCUGGGGCCAUACGUUUAAUGCUCCCCAUGCUGCUCAGUAGGGCCAUAAUAUGUGGCUGAGUAUAGUGUUUCCUCUGUUUGAUGUUGGCUAGAAAAGGAUGCAAUCAACCGUCGUUCUGAUAAACCCUUGAAUAUGCACUUAUAGAGUUUUAAGUGGUCAAGUUCUCGGAAUUCCUAGUUAUGUUCCGGCUUUCGUUGAGGCAAUUUUUCUUGGUUUGAAGGGAUAUAGUUUGGUAGAUAAUUUACUUCAAUCGCCUGAGACGAGACAUUUGGUCACAACCUACAAAAUGUCUUCUGCUUGAUGGACUGCUUUCCCUGCAGCAGUGAUAAAUACGCUCUGAAGAAGUGGUUUUUUAUUGACAAAAGGGUUGGUUAAAUCGAGUGAAAGAUUUUAGAGCAAAAAGAAGCUUAGCAUCUGACUUCUAGCUGACACGUUAAUUGAGUUGUAUAUUUGAACCCGAAAUCUGGAUAUAAUGGACCUAAAAUCAAAUCAUACGUCACCUGUUCUUGCUGAUGCUGCUCCAAUGAAUAACACAAGAUUAGGCAUUCACUCGGCUCUGCUGCCGUACCCUCACAGUGGCUCUCCUUUUUCUCCCUCUCUCUUACUAACUAUACCAAGGAGAAGGCCUGGUAUUCUUGAUGAUGUUAGGUCCAGCCUGUUUGAUGCUAUGAAAUCAUCAUCCCCCACUCAUGAGAAAUUUGCAAAAGAGUCGAGCUCUGAGACAACUCUAGGUGAUAGCAAUAUUGCUUACUGCAACUGGAUGCUCAAGUACCCAUCUGCGCUUGCAUCUUUUGAUCAAAUAGCAAAUAGUGCAAAUGGAAAGAGAAUAGCUUUGUUCUUGGAUUAUGAUGGAACUUUAUCCCCAAUAGUGGACAACCCUGAUCAUGCCUUCAUGUCAAAUGCUAUGCGUGCUGCUGUGAGCAAUGUGGCCAAGUAUUUCCCCACAGCUAUAAUUAGUGGAAGAAGCCGUGACAAGGUUUACGAGUUUGUAGGGCUAACCGAACUUUACUAUGCUGGAAGUCAUGGAAUGGACAUCAUGGGACCUGUUCGGCCCUCUUCCAGUGAUCACAAGAACUGUGUCAGGUCGACUGACAAGCAGGGCAAGGAAGUUAAUUUAUUCCAGCCUGCUAGUGAAUUCUUACCCAUGAUCAAUGAGGUUUUCAGAUCUCUUGUUGAGAUUACAAAAGAUAUAGUUGGUGCAAAGGUUGAGAACAACAAGUUCUGCGUUUCUGUACACUACCGAAACGUGGAUGAGAAGAGUUGGACAACAGUCGGCCAAUCUGUUGAAAGAAUUUUGAAAGAGUAUCCCCGUUUGCGACUGACACAUGGUCGGAAGGUGUUAGAAGUCCGACCGGUUCUCAACUGGGACAAGGGUAAAGCUGUAGAAUUUCUACUAGAAUCACUUGGGUUAACAAACUGCGAUGAUGUUCUUCCGAUAUACGUUGGAGACGAUCGCACUGAUGAAGAUGCAUUCAAGGUCUUGAGAGAGGGUAAUAGUGGUUACGGUAUUAUAGUCUCUUCUGUGCCCAAGGAAAGCAGCGCAUUUUACUCUCUCAGAGAUCCUUCCGAGGUCAUGGAGUUCCUCAAGACCUUAGUGAUGUGGAAGCAGAAAAACACGCUAUGACUAUCUUGACAUAGGAACAAUGCGUACGCUUUGAAGAUACAUAUAUGAUACGACAAAAUAUAUCUUUUUUUUCCCUUUCUUUUUACGUUAUAAGAUCUGCAUGGGGUUGGGAGCGGAGGUGCCUAAUCAAAGCUUCACGAAGCAGCGACCAGUAGUUACGUUUCUCGUUGCUCGGAGCUAAUUGUGAAUUCUUUCUUCUCUUCUUCACUUGGGAGCACCAAGGAAGCCCUCAAACCCCAUAGUGUUCUCUCACCAACAUUGAUUGUUCCUUGUAAAUCUCCCCAAGGGAGGGUAUAUGAGGGUUCAUUUGUUGAUUUUUUUUGUUUGAACAUUUCAACUUUGAUUUGUCUUAGGUUAUUGUUGUACUUGAGAGCACUAGAAUCCAUUCAAAGGAUAUGUGUAUGUUAGUGUUAUGACCAUCUUGUUUGUUAUAACGUUGGAACCGUAGAAAUUUCAAGAUGAUCGUAUCCUUGUAUGUUU